AUGUUGUGAAAUUAUAAAACACAGUACAACUUUAAAGUUGGACACUGGGAGUUGUUACUUGUUGCGACAUUAGUGGUUAGUGUUUCAGAGGCGCUGAAUCCUGAGGGAAAAUAUCUGUUAGAGUUGAAGAAGAGUAUUCACGAUGAAUUCAACCAACUUGGAAACUGGAAACCCACUGACGAGACCCCAUGCAGGUGGAUAGGCGUCAAUUGCACUUCCGACUACGAGCCACGGGUGGUGUCUGUCGAUUUGAAUUCAAUGAAUCUUUCUGGAACCCCGAGUCCUACUAUUGGUGGCCUGACCCAUUUAUCAUAUCUUGAUCUGUCUUAUAAUGAGCUCCUCGGACAUAUUCCAAAGGAAAUUGGAAAUUGUUCACUUCUUGAGUUCCUUCAUUUGAAAAAUAAUCAGUUCAGUGGUCCAAUCCCUGGCGAAUUGGGUAAGCUCUCUUGUUUGAGAAGUUUGAAUAUAUGCAAUAACAAAGUCUCUGGUUCUCUUCCGGAGGAGCUUAGAAAUUUGUCUUCACUUGAUGAGUUUGUGGCAUACACCAAUAAUUUGACUGGACCAUUGCCUCGUUCUAUUGGGAAUCGCCGGUCAUUGAGAAUAGUCAGGGCAGGUGACAAUGCAAUUUCUGGUAAAAUUCCUGCAGAAAUAAGUGGAUGUCAGAGCUUACAAAUGCUUGCCCUUUCCCUUAACCAUAUUGGAGGGGAACUGCCCAAGGAAAUCGGAAUGCUGAAAAACUUGACCGAUGUAUGGUUAUGCAAUAAUCAGUUAACAGGGUUUAUUCCAAAGGAAGUUGGAAAUUGUUCGAACCUUCAGACCCUUGCUUUGUGUGCAAAUGGUCCUGUGGGGCAGAUACCAAUGAAGAUCGGGAAACUAAAGGUGUUGAAGAGGUUGUUUGUCUACAACAACGAAUUGAAAGGAAACAUUCCAAAGGAAAUUGGGAAUUUAUCUCCUGCAACAGACAUUGAUUUCUCUAACAAUUAUUUGACGGAUGGUGAGAUCCCAACUGAGUUCAGCAGGAUAAAGGGUCUACGCAUGUUGAGCCUCUUCGAGAACCAACUUACUGGUGUCAUACCAAACGAGCUUUGUAGCUUGAGGAACUUGACAGUGCUUCAUCGUUCAUUCAAUUAUAUCACAGGUCCAAUUCCUUAUGGAUUUCAAUAUUUUCCUCCAAUGUCUGCGUUGUAUCUUUCUAACAAUUUUUUAAGAGGUACUAUUCCUCAACCGCUUGGACUCUACAGCUCACUUGAGUUUGUUGAACUUUCAGAGAACCAUUUGACAGGAAAAAUACCUCCUCAUCUUUGUCGUCAUUCUAAACUUUAUUGGUUAAACCUUGAGUCUAAUCAGCUCUACGGAAAUAUCCCCGUUGGGGUCAAGAAGUGUGCAAAUUUAAGGCCGCUUCGUCUGGCUGGGAACAAGCUUACCGGUAGCUUUCCGUCGGAGUUGUGCAAUCUGGUGGAGCUUUCUACUAUCUAUUUGGACAGGAACAAUUUUACAGGACCAGUUCCUGUAGAGAUAGGCAAUUGUACAACGCUUCCACGACCAGUUGCAGAAAAUCGCUUCACAUCCGAGCUGCCUAAGGAAAUACGCAAAUUGUCUCAACUCGUAAUUUUUAAUGUCUCGUCCAAUUCGCAAAGGAUUCCACUCGAGAUUGUUCAUUGCAAUACGCUUCAACGACUGGAUCUCAGUCAUAACCGAUUUUCAGAUACUUUGCCAAAUGAGCUUGGAACCCUUUCACAGCUUGAGCUUCUGAAACUUUGAAAUAAAUUUUCUGGACAUAUUCCUGCAUCUUUAGGAAGCCUUUCUCGUUUAAUUGAGCUGCAGAUGGGCGGUAAUCUAUUUUCUGGAGAGAUACCUCGAGAGUUGGGUUUUCUUUCAAGCUUGCAAAUUGCGAUGAACCUCAGCUACAACAAUCUCACCGGCGAUAUACCAUCGGAGCUCGGGAAACUUUCUUCGCUUGAAGUCCUCCUGCUCAAUAACAACCAUUUGAGUGGUGAGAUUCCUACAACAUUUCAAGACCUGUUAAGUUUAGAGGAAUUCAACUUCUCAUACAAUAACUUAAGCGAGUCUUUACCCGCCAUACCGAUGUUUAAGAACAUGAAUUCCUGCAGCAUUUUCGCAAAUCCACCAUAUAAGGGAACAUCUUCUUUAUCCAGUGCCACUGACAGCUUGCUCUGCUGUUGGAGGACAACCGGUGUUGGCCCCAGUGGAAGUUUUAUAAUUAAACAUUCAGUGAACAUUUGGCCUUACAUUCCACAAGCAACGAUUACAAAGGGGGCUAUCCCUGUUUGGUAUGUAAAUAUCGAACCAAUGGAAGGCUCCUUUCCAUUGCUUGCUGCAGUAAUACUGCGUCGUGCCCCUGAAAUUCGGCUGGAACUUGAACUCGAAGUCGUUGUGUACUUAAAUCAAAAUUUUGAGCAAUUUCGAACCAAGGAGUCUCUUUGGGGUAGGUUGGUGCAGUUGUUACUUGUUGCGACACUAUUCUUUAGCGUUUCAGAGGCGCUGAAUUCUGAGGGAACAUACCUGUUAGAGUUGAAGAAGAGUAUUCACGAUGAAUUCAACCAUCUUCGAAACUGGAAGCCCACUGAUGAACCAUGCAGGUGGAUAGGCGUCAAUUGCACUUCAGACUACGAGCCGCUGGUAUGGCCUGUUGAUUUGAAUUCUAUGAAUCUUUCUGGAACCUUGAGUCCUACUAUUGGUGGCCUGACCCACCUAUCAUAUCUUGAUCUGUCUUAUAAUGAGCUCCUGGGACAUAUUCCAAAGGAAAUUGGAAAUUGUUCACUUCUUGAAUUCCUUCAUUUGAAAAAUAAUCAGUUCAGUGGUCCAAUCCCCGGUGAAUUAUGUAAGCUCUCUUAUUUGAGAAGUUUGAAUAUAUGCAAUAACUAACUCUCUGGUUCUCUUCGGGAGGAGCUUGGAGAUUUCUCUUCACUUGAUAAGUUUGUGGCAUACAUCAAUAAUUUGACUGGAUCAUUGCCUAGUUGUAUUGGGAAUCUCCGGAAAUUGAGAAUUGUCAGAGCAGGUGACAAUGCAAUUUCUGGUGAAAUUCCAGCAGAAAUAAGAAAUUGUUCGAACCUGCAGACCCUUGUUUUGAAAGCAAAUGGCCUUGUGGGGCAGACACCCAUGGAGAUUGGAAAACUCAAGUUGCUGAAGAAGUUGUACAUCUACAUCAAUGAAUUGCAUGGAAGCAUUCCAAAGCAGAUAGAGAAUCUCCCCCUUGCAACAGAAAUUGAUUUCUCAGAGAAUUAUUUGACAGGUGAGAUCCCAACUGAGUUCAGCAAGAUUAAGGGUCUAUCCUUAUUGGGCCUAUCGCAGAACCAGAUUAGAGGAGUCAUACCAAACGAGCUUAGCAGCUUGAGGAACUUGACAUUUCUUGACCUUUCAAGAAAUUAUCUCACGUGUCCCAUUCCUCAUGGUUUCCAAUAUUUGACUGGAAUGCUUCAGUUGCAGCUUUCUGGCAAUUCUCUGAGCGGUACCAUUCCUCAGCAGCUUGGAGUAUACAGCCCAUUUUCGGAGGUUGAUUUUACUAACAACCAUCUGACAGGAAAAAUACCACCUUAUCUUUUUCGGCUUGCUAACCUUGUUUUCUUAAGCCUUGGGGGUAAUAAGCUGCACGGAAAUAUCCCAACUGGGAUCAAGAACUGCAAGAGAUUAAGAAGAUUUAAUCUAAAUGGAAACAGGCUCUCAGGUACUUUACCUUCAGAAGUAGGCAAUCUGGUGAAUCUUUACUCUAUCAGAUUGGAUGACAACAAUUUCACUGGGCCAAUUCCACCAGAGAUUGGAAAUUGCAGAAAGCUUCAAUGGCUUCAAAUUGCUGGCAAUCACUUCACUUCUAUGUUGCCAAAGGAAAUUGGUAACUAUCUCAACUCAUGCUUUUAA